AAAAUAGCUGAUUACCAUCAUCAUUAUUAUAUUUCAUAAAUUCCUGUUUUAGCCUUAUCAGUCAAAUGUUAUAGGUGUAAUUUGUGUCCGGUUCCAAUGGAUUAUUCAUCCCCUUUAGUGACGGUUAUAAGUUCUUGUAAGUGGUGUGCUUCGCUUACAAUCGGUAGUCCACAUUUAACAAUGAAAGGAUGCUCAGAUAGAUGUAGUUCGGAUAGUUUUCUAAAGAAAUAUGUCCGUUUCAAUUAUACCUGUUGUGCUAAGAACUUUUGUAAUCUCAGCUCAAAAGCUCAUCUGACUAAUCAAAUCCUAUUUUUACCUGUAAUGAUAAUUUGUUUUUAUCUUUAUGCUAAAAAAUAAAACAAAACGAUUUCAAAUACA